AUGGGUGAUCCUAUUAACUUGUCUGGUGAUGAAGGUGAAGAGGAGAUUGGAAGUGUUCCAAAUAAAGAAAAAGUUCUAUCGGGGUCUAAAGCUUCUAAAGCUGCUAAGGAGAAAGUAAAGAAAGUGAAACCAAACUUAUCUGGUAACCCUUUGAAACGCCAACCCAUUAAUACCAAGUCCAAGGCAAAUGAAAGCUCACCUCCCUCUCCUACAGUUGAUGAAAAGUUAUCUGACACAUAUAUGACGGAUUUUGAUGAAUUCUUUAGCUGCGAGUUUACCACCGAUGGCAAAUAUGAAUUGGAAUCGUAUUUAGAAGAGCCAAAAUUACCUCGUAUGUGUGAUUUGAAUGUGUUGGAGUAUUGA